UUCAACCACCGUUUGAUAUUUCAUUUUAUCAUCAUCUGCAGCUCAUCGUCUCCACUCAUCUCCCUUCCGUCUCCCCGUGUCCUACGGGGCGGGUAGCGAGAGAGAUUGUGGGGAGAGACAGUGUGCUUAGCUUUGGUAAAGAAAGCUCAACAAGCAAUUCUGCUGCGGUCAGUUGGCUUCUCGGCAAUUCCGAACAGUGCAGAUAUGUGGCUUGGAGCUGUGAUUGGAUGUGUGCUGCUUGUGUUGAGCUCCACGGCUCCGCCUGCACACAUCAACCGUUUGGCGCUGUUCCCUGACAAAAGUGCUUGGUGCGAGGCCAAGAACAUCACACAGAUAGUCGGGCACACGGGCUGCCAAUCUCGCUCCAUACAAAACAGGGCUUGUCUGGGCCAGUGUUUCAGCUACAGUGUCCCAAACACCUUCCCACAAUCCACUGAGUCUUUGGUGCAUUGUGACUCUUGCAUGCCUGCUCAGACACAGUGGGAAGUGGUAACUCUGGAGUGCCCAGGCAGUGAGGAGGCACCUCGGGUGGACAAGUUGGUGGAGCGGAUCCUCCACUGCAGCUGUCAGUCCUGUAGUAAAGAGGCUGGCCAGGAGGGGGCGGUGAUGCAACUCUACCCCUCAGAAAGUGCCGUCGAGUCUCCGUCGCUGUCCGAAGGAAACAUUGCCCACCCACACAGUCUCUCCCACACUGAGACACACCCUCAGCAUGUCCACACACACUCAGACCCACAUCCACACAUACACACACCCGAGGGGGGAUGAAUCUAACGCGGACAGUUUCUCCCGGUCCU